GUUCUCGUUUGAAUUCAAAUUGUUAUAUAAUGGAACUACAUUCAUAAGGCCCAUGUUUGAACCAUGUUCUUUUUAUUCUUAUCUUUUGGAUACCACUUGUACACCAGGAUUAUUAAUCUAUUCCAUUGUAGUCCCUCCGUCUCAAAUUAUCUGUAGUGAUUUCUAAAAAUAGUUAUCAAAUUAUUUGUUGUUUUAUAAGUUCAAGACAAAACUAAUUAUUCCAUUUACGUGACACACUUUACUUUUUAGUUUGUCUCAAAAAGAAUGUCACAUUUCUAUAUUUAGAAAUAUUUUAACUUUACGAGAUGAUUUACCGCAACACAAAUAUCUAAUACUUGUUUUGGAGCAUAAGUUUCAAAAGUUUUCAUUUCUUUCUUAAACGCCGUGCCUAGUUAACUGACGUUACAUAAAUUGGGACGGAGGGAGUAUGUUUUUUCCAUUUCACCCGUAGUAGCUGUUGUUCUUGAAGACUACAAACACCUCAAUUAUGGGGUGAUGUUAUGAUUGUUCAAAUCCUAAUGAAGGGUAAAGUAGUUAAAAACGCAUGUAAAAGAGAAUGACGACAGAUAAUUUGAGAUGGAGGGAGUAUGUGUCUCUUUGUUUCCUUGUAAUUACAUAAUACUUGUCUGCAUGUGUCUACACGAUUUGGAGAAAACAGUGCCCUUUUUGUUCUUGGACCGGAGUGCUGCUUUGGAAGCAAAGCUUAAGGGCAAUGAAUGCUUCUCCAAAGGAGAGUAUCCUAACGCAUUGCUUUUCUAUUCCCAGGCACUGCGUCUUGCUCCAGUAGAUUUGGAUGAUUUGGAGAUAAAUCUGGUAGCGCUACUGUAUGUGAACCGCGCUUCUACUUUGCAGAAAAUGGGCUUGCUUUUGGAGUGUUUACGAGAUUGCAGCAGGGCCCUUAGAGUAUCUCCACGCUACGCAAAGGCAUGGUUCCGGAGAGGUAAAGCAAAUAUUUCUUUGGGUAAGUUUGAGGAUGCAAUUCGAGAUCUGAAUAUCUCAUUGAAGGUAGAAAUCUCUUCAAGUGGAAAAAGACAGAUUGAAGUAGAACUAAAGAUUGCUCUAGAUAAAUUCAAAGGAAUGGGGAGCUCAGGGAAAAAAACCAACCAGAAUCAGUCUAGAAGUUCCUGGUCUUAUGUGACAGAUGAGCCAGACCAAGUAAAACUUCAGUGUUUGCUUACUACAACCAAGGGGAGGGGAAUGUUUUUUGUGGAGGAUGUUUCUGAAGCCUCCUUAGUUCAUAAAGAAGAUCCUUAUGCUGCGAUUAUCUUGAAGAAAUGUCGGGAGACUCACUGCCAUUUUUGCUUCAAUGAACUGCCAGCAGAUGCCAUUUCUUGUGCGUCUUGUUCUAUUCCAUUAUACUGCAGUGACCGAUGUCAAAUACAAGCUGGCGGGCAAAAGUUUGAUAGGAGCUCGAAGAGUUUUAAUGGUCUUGAGGGCUUAGCAGAUGAUCUCAAGAACUAUAUGUCAGAUGUUCUAGCAGGCAUUUCAACUCUAGAUACUGGGCAUAUUGCUGAGCACAGGCAUGAAUGUCAAGGUUUUCAUUGGCCUCUGAUAUUGCCGUCGGAAGUAGUUUUGGCUGGCAGAAUCCUUGUGAAAGUCAUCGAGCAAAAGAAACGCACAAGUGCUGAUUCUAACCUUAUUGGGUUCCUGGAUCUUUCUCACAAUUAUAUACAGCUCCCUCCUGAAAGCAAAUUGGAGAUGCAUAUCUACUCGAUCAUUCUAUUGCACUGUCUUCAGCAUUUUUACAGAACUGAACUGCCCAUUAGUGGGAUAAUCGUUUCAAAGCUGGUUAUCCUUCUUUCUCAAAUCCAAGUAAAUUCCAUGGCAGUUGUCCGUAUGCAAGCUCCAGAGGUAAAAGGGCCUGCAUACAAGCCUGGGAAUGCUUUAACCAGUAGUUUAGAACAAGUUAAAGUUGGUCAAGCGGUUCAUGUAGCUGGUAGUUUUUUCAACCACUCUUGCCAGCCAAACAUCCACGCAUAUUUUCUUUCACGCACCCUCUAUGUACGAGCCACAGAAUACAUUUUAGCUGGCUCUGAAUUGGAGCUAUCUUAUGGUCCACAGGUAGGGCAGUGGGACUGCAAAGAUCGUCAAAGGCUCUUGGAAGACCGCUACUCAUUCACAUGUCAAUGUACUGCUUGCUCUGAGUUGAAUGUUCCUGACCUUGUCAUCAAUGCUUAUAGGUGCACUAAACUAAAUUGUUUAGGAGUGAUCCUGGAUCGUACUGUUACUAGAUGUGAGAAACAAAAACUGAAGCUCCUCCUUGAUGCCCCUACAGUUUACAGUUCCAGCCCACAUAAGCAGGUUGAGAAGCUCAAAGAUGCUAAUAUUAGUGAAGUGGCUCGCCGUGUUUUUGAAUCUGAUUAUAAGUUGGAACCUCAACAUUGCUUGGUUUGUGAUUCAUAUAGAGAUCUGGAAGCUUCAUGUGCUGCAACCAGUCAAGCUGAGAGUUGUUAUAAGAGACUGCAAGAUGCAAUAGCAUCAAAUGAAGUCCCAACCAAUAUCCUUCUAGAUGCUGUGAGGUGUACGGAUCUUCUCAGAAAAAUAUUCCAUCCUUAUAACAAGAGAAUUGCAGAGGUGGAGGACAAUCUUGCUCAGGCAUUUUCUUUGGUUGGAGAACUACAAGCUGCAAUUGAUCACUGUAAAGCAUCUAUACAGAUCUUGGAAAAGCUCUAUGGUGCCAACCACGUUGCCAUUGGAAACGAAUUGAUCAAGCUUGCCUCCCUUCAGAUACUGGUGGGUGACACUGCUGCUUCCGGUAGCAUAAGCAGAAUCACUGCAAUAUUUUCACGAUAUUAUGGAUCACAUGCAGAUGACGUAUAUCCAUAUUUGCGACAUCUUAAAGGUAGCGGAGAUGUUGAAAAGAGUUAACAUUUUAUCCCGUUGAGUGCUCAAAUAACUAAGCUGUGAAAAAAAUUGCUUGUACUGGCAUUCUCUAUCUCCUUCAUAGUAUUUACAAUAUAGAGGAAGACAGUGACGGUAUCGUUAAACAAAUAUCGAGCUUCUGUUUUAUUCCAGCGGACCAAUAUUCUGUGAAAUAUUAUGAAUAACCUCAAGACAGCUGUAUUACCUCUUGACAUUACAGUCUGAUUUCUGGUUAAAGAAACUAGUCAGAAUGAAGCUUAAAGUGGGAUUAAAUAUUUUUUAGUUUUGAAUUUUGAUAUUAAUUACUGGAUUGUCGCGUAUAUCUGAUGAUCAUUGUAUA